ACAAAACUUCUGGGAGGGCCUGUUCUUUUUCUUUUUUCGUAGGCCUGCGACAACCGACACCAACAGAGAGGCAAUAUUGUACCAUACAGUCCAAUCCAAAUCAAAACAACGCAAUAUAUUGCAUAGGGAACAAUACACACGUUCGCCAUGAGUUUGGGUGAAGCCGAUCGGAAGCGAAAAGCGGCCGAACACCUCGCGUCGGCAAAACACCAAGAAGAAAUAGAACCGCCAAAACAGAAGCCGAAGGCGUUGCCGUCACCGCCACAGAACUUUGUGGUAACCUAUGUAAGGAAGAAAGAAUGAACGAAUACAUUGAAUUCAACCAUCGAAGAACCGAAUAAUCAACAGCGUCGUCCGCAUUACAGCUGGUUAUUUUGGCUGACCGGAUGGUUGUUUGUGAAUAUUGCCCUUUUCUGCUCUUCUAUUUCUCGAUCUCGGUGUCGUGCUUGUCGCAACGUACCGAAACCGCGAAAACAACACGUAUCGAAUUACCUACAAAAUGCAACAGAGCCGCCUCUGCGACGGCGGGAUGCAAGAAAUGACUACUGCUGCUGCGUGCGUGAAUGAAGUGUUUCCGAAUGCGACCAUUCGCACAAAUCGCCGACAAUUGAAAGAAGACAUGGACGCCGGACCCAACCCAUCCUUGGUCAUAUCCCUCGAUGAUUGCGACGACGAGAACGAGAGCGACAACGGCAACGCUGGCAACGGCAAGCGCGACAAAACAACAAGUAUCAACGGCGGACAAACCACCAAAACUAACGAAAGCGGAACAGUGUUGUGGUCGAGAGAGCAACGGAAUUUGUUUGAGAAAUAUCCGAAGAAGCGACGAAAGUCGAUAAAGGACAUUCGAGAAUGCCUAAUCGCCUUGAAGGAAUCCUGGUCGGCCGCGUCGUCGUCGACGACUACUAGCAACUGCAGCAUCAUUUCAACCGCGCCGCCUAUUUCCAAGUCCGUUGAUAUUUCCACCAACAAUGGUGAUGCUUGUGGAAAAUAAUUUUUUGAAAAAAUUGAAUUGCAUCAUAUCGAAUCAAAUUAUUCUCCAACCACGAAAGGAGACAAAAAAUCAGCGCUGAACAAUAAUAACGACACUCAUGGGGGAUAGUGUGCUGUUGCUGCUGUUCUAUGAAACUGUAUCUAACAAAAUUUUGAAGGGAACCGAGAAGAAACAAUUAGGAAAACAACACUAGGGAAUAUAUGUCUCCAGAAACAACAGGAUGCAAUGGCUAAUCACUAUUGGCAGCUUUCAUUGUGUAAUUCAAGACAAUAGUGUUAUCAAUCAAUGCACAAGUGAAAGAAAUUCCGACACUCAAGGGGGAUAGUGUGCUGUUGCCGUUGCUCUAUGAAAUUGCAUCUAACAAAAUUUUGAAGGGAAUCGAGAAGAAAUAAUUAGGAAAACAACAUCAGGGAACAGAUCUCUUCAGAAAGAACGGGAUGCAAUGGCUAAUCACUAUUGGCAGCUUUCAUUGUGUAAGUCAAGACAAUAAUGUUAUCAAUCAAUGCACAAGUGAAAGAAAUUAAAAUUAGUAAUCAUUA